AUGACGCCGGCAUUCUCGACCACCGCAUUAAUUUUGAAAAAUUUGACGGCUUACGCUCCGCUGCGUGUCCCGCGGGAUCCCGCGUUAAAUCAUCUCACGGAUCUAGCCUGGGCGGAUGACGAUCCGACGAGCUCUCACGCUAUCGAUGUUCUAAUCGGUGCGGAUCUCUAUGGCGAGCUUCUUCUCAAUGGAGUUCGAAACUCCCCAGCCGGGCGGCCGAUCGCCCAAAACUCUGUACUCGGCUGGAUCAUUUCCGGGCCUAUCGCUUCUCCGAUUGCCGCGCGCGCGUCAACGGUCACAUCUUAUCACGUAAGUUCGCGACAAACAAUCGAUUCGCUACAGGGCGCGAGCGAACCGUCGCUCGAGCAAGCUCUUCACCAGUUUUGGGAGGUAGAGGAGGUUCCGCGAAACAUUCUGCUGACUCCCUCCGAAGAAAAAUGCAAAGCUCAUUUUCGCUUAACGCAUUCGCGCGAUUCGGACGGGCGAUACAUCGUUCGACUUCCCUUCCGCAACGCUCCUCCAAUCGCUAUAGGCGAAUCGCGCGCGAUCGCCGAACGAGUGAUGAAUCGUCUCACUACGCGUCUUCACUCGAAGUCAGAACUCCGGGAUGAGUACCGAACAUUCUUGCAUGACUACGAGAGUUUGGGUCACAUGCGCGAAGUUCCCAGGUCUCUUGACCACACGAAAUGCGUAUAUAUUCCGCAUCUCCCCGUCAUACGGAAGGGCAGCGCUACUACUCGUCUUCGAGUGGUGUUUAACGCGUCGAGCCUUAUCUCUAACGGAUCAUCGCUGAACGAUCACUUGCUCGCGGGUCCUAAGCUGCAAAACGACCUCAGUUCGGUCAUUCUCCAAUGGAGAACAUUCCAAUACAUCUACGCUGCCGAUAUCGCUAAGAUAUAUGUGUGCUGUCUGGGAAGGUCGACUUCUGAUCGCCAUAAAGCAGACUUCUAA